GGAAGCAGAAAAUCCAUCAAUCUGGAGAACAAACUGCCCGAGCACGGGAAGCAGCUUUGCUUUCUCGCCCUGGAGGUUGCAGGCGGCGAGGCAGAACGAGCGCUGCCCAGACCCAGGAGCGACCCGCCUGCAGUCAUGGAGAGCGGCAUGCAGCUCUUGAACCGGGACGGCCACAGCAUCUCCCAUAACUCCAAGCGGCAUUACCACGAUGCGUUCGUCUGCAUGAACCGCAUGCGGCAGCGGGGUUUGCUGUGCGACAUCGUCUUGCACGUGGCCACCAAGGAGAUCAAGGCACACAAAGUGGUGCUGGCUUCCUGCAGCCCCUACUUCCACGCCAUGUUCACAAAUGAAAUGAGCGAAAGCCGGCAGACCCAUGUGACGUUGCAUGACAUCGACCCGCAGGCGCUGGAGCAGUUAGUCCAGUAUGCUUACACUGCCGAGAUUGUGGUGGGAGAAGGGAACGUGCAGACUCUCCUUCCUGCUGCCAGCCUCCUGCAGCUAAACGGGGUGCGGGACGCGUGCUGCAAGUUCCUUCUGAGCCAGCUGGAUCCGUCCAACUGCCUGGGCAUCCGGGGCUUCGCAGACACGCACUCCUGCAGCGAUCUGUUGAAGUCGGCCCACAAGUACGUCUUGCAGCAUUUUGUGGAUGUCUCCAAGACAGAGGAGUUCAUGCUUCUGCCCCUCAAGCAGGUGCUGGACCUCAUCUCUAGUGACAGCCUGAAUGUGCCCUCUGAAGAAGAAGUCUACCGGGCUGUCCUGAGCUGGGUCAAGCAUGACGUUGACAGUAGGAGGCAGCACAUCCCCAGGCUCAUGAAGUGUGUCCGGCUGCCCCUCCUCAGCCGUGACUUCUUGAUGAGCAACGUUGACACGGAGCUGCUUGUGAGGCACCACUCGGAGUGCAAGGACCUUCUUAUUGAGGCCCUCAAGUAUCACCUCAUGCCAGAGCAGAGAGGGGUCCUAAGUAACAGCAGGACCCGACCCCGACGCUGUGAGGGGGCCAGCACCGUGCUCUUCGCUGUGGGUGGAGGAAGCCUUUUUGCCAUCCACGGUGACUGCGAAGCCUAUGACACCCGGACAGACCGCUGGCAUAUGGUAGCUUCCAUGUCCACCCGCCGGGCCAGGGUGGGCGUUGCUGCUAUUGGGAACAAGCUAUAUGCCGUGGGCGGCUAUGAUGGGACCUCUGACUUGGCUACGGUGGAGUCGUACGAUCCUGUCACCAACUCUUGGCAGACGGAGGUUUCCAUGGGGACCAGGCGGAGCUGUCUAGGUGUGGCGGCCUUACACGGACUCCUCUAUGCAGCAGGGGGUUAUGAUGGAGCAUCCUGUCUCAACAGUGCUGAGAGAUACGAUCCUCUGACAGGAACCUGGACCUCAAUCGCUGCCAUGAGUACCAGGAGGAGAUACGUUCGGGUGGCAACGUUAGAUGGCAACCUUUAUGCUGUUGGGGGCUAUGAUAGCUCAUCCCAUUUGGCCACUGUGGAGAAAUACGAGCCACAGAUAAACACAUGGACUCCAAUCGCUAACAUGCUGAGUCGUCGCAGCAGUGCCGGCGUGGCUGUCUUGGAAGGCAUGUUGUACGUGGCAGGUGGCAACGACGGGACCAGCUGCCUUAACUCAGUGGAGCGCUAUAAUCCUAAAACCAACACGUGGGAAAGCGUGGCCUCUAUGAAUAUCCGGAGGAGCACCCACGACUUGGUGGCUAUGGACGGGUGGCUCUACGCAGUGGGCGGCAACGACGGUAGCUCCAGCCUCAACUCCAUCGAGAAAUACAACCCCCGUACCAACAAGUGGGUGGCAGCAUCGUGCAUGUUCACCCGGCGCAGCAGCGUGGGCGUAGCCGUCCUGGAACUCCUCAACUUCCCGCCUCCUUCCUCGCCCACCCUGUCGGUGUCCUCGACGAGUCUUUGACAAAGAGUCCGGUCACGCCUCGGCACGAGGGGACUGCAGCAUCUGUCGGAGCGCAAAGCCUGCUUGGCCUGACCCCUGCGGCAGCC